GGCUUCGUGCGCGGCUGCUCCUUCACGGCCCUGCCUCCGCGCGGGAGGCGGCUGCCCACAGCGCCGGCCCCUGCCCCGGCUCCGAUCCCCGUUCCCGAAGCAGCCGGUUGUGCCCCCAGCCCCACUGGGAGCCGGUUGGGCUCCCGCCCCCGAGGGAGCCGGCGGUGCCCCGGCCGCGCCGGGAGCCCUGAGCCCAGAAGAGCUGCAAAUGCUGUGCUGUGGAGAACCCACGGACUGUGGUCAGCUGGUGCUUAGCCAGUGACCUGUGGUAGCACCAGGUGAAUCUCAGCACUGACAGAUCAGUAGGUGGCAACGAGGAACAGGUGUGGAAGCCAGAAGCUUCAGAAACUUCACCACAAUGAGUUGCUUCACCCAUCCACUGCUCAGGAAGUUGUUGAGGCUCCCAGCCCAGUGUGUGCCAGGACUGGGGACUCCAAGGAAAGGUGCUGUGCUCAGUCCAAAGCAGUUGUUUCUGAGGCAGAGCUGCAGUGCAGGACCUGGGCUCGUGACUGCCACUGAUAUGGUCAACUAUUGGCAGAAGGAGUUUGAGACAAAUGGGAUCCCUGAAGCACGAGAAUCCAGUCAAUAUAUUGUGUCAUUUGUCCUGGGAGCAAAAACAUUUCAGAGUCUGGAUUCCAAAAGCCUCCACGCUCCACUUACAGCACAGCAGCAGGAGCAAAUCCAGCAGCUGAGCCACAAGCGGCUCCAAAGGAUGCCAGUGCAGUACGUGCUUGGAGAGUGGGACUUCCAGGAGCUGACCCUGCAGAUGAGACCCCCAGUGUUUAUUCCACGGCCUGAAACAGAGGACCUUGUCUCUUUAGUUGUGGAGGAAGAAUUUCAGAAAUGUGAGAAUUCAGCCCUCUGUUUCCCAGUUCCUGUUCCUCGUCCUGUGAUCCUGGAAAUUGGCUGUGGCUCUGGAGCAAUUGCUCUGAGUCUGCUCUGUAAACUGCCACAGAGCAGAGUCAUAGCCAUGGACAAAGAGGAGGCUGCUGUGGAUCUCACCAGGGAGAAUGCACAUAGGUUGCAACUCCAAGAAAGGAUUCACAUCAUCCAUCGAGAUGUUUCACACAGUUCUGCCAAACAGCUGUUGCUCUGGGGCCCCAUAGAUGUCAUAGUCAGUAACCCCCCAUAUGUUUUCCAUGAAGACAUGGCUUCCUUGGAUGCAGAAAUCCUCUGCUAUGAGGACCUUGAUGCCCUGGAUGGGGGAGAUGAUGGCAUGAGAAUCAUCAAAACAAUUCUGUCUUUGGCUCCUUCUCUUCUCAAGGUUUCUGGGAGUGUGUUUCUGGAAGUAGAUCCCAGGCAUCCAGAUAUGGUGGAGCACUGGCUACAGGCACACCCAGAAUUACUGCUCACCCUCCAUGCCAUUCACAAGGACUUUUGUGGCAAGCCUAGGUUUCUGCACAUCCAGAAACAAAGCAGCUGACAACUGUCAGACAUAACUCUCCCUGCAGGAUGCUUUUUGCCCUUGAGCCCAGCUGAGCAGCUGGUUGAAAACUCCUCCUGCCUUGUGAAAGGAAUCUCCAUUCCCUGGAGUGUUGGACUUUUCAUGCAGUGACAGACCCCUCAUAUCCUGACACAGACCUCAUCCAGAGAUGCAGAAGUUCAGCUGAGCAUGUGGAAGUGUUCCACCUUCCUCAGGGAACUGCAUGAAACUUUUUAGUCUGCUCUGCUAAAGUGACUCAAUCAUCUCAGGACCUAAGAUAGAAGGGUUCACAGCUCCAGAUUAAAAAUACAACUUCUCAACGUGCCAAAUCACCCAUUUGGCCUAGAAAGAAUUUAAUUAUAUUUUUUUAAAUUGGCCUUGAGAUACAUUUAUAUAAAAUGUGACCAGAUGGGGUGAUAAGCUCAAAUCCUGGCUUAUACUGGCACAUGGAUUUGCAGGUAUAACAGGACAUAACUGUUGUGCACAUUUGAGAUGCAGUUCUGUUCCAGGAUCCUGAUGCUCCAUAGCAAAGCAGCCUUUGUGUCCCACUCCUGCUGAGUGAUUGUCUCUGAAGGAUCUUACAGCACCUGAAUUUACAGCCUUUGACAUUUGGUGGAUGCUGCCAGAAAUGGUCAACGCAUUAUAAUAAAGACAGUGCUUCAGACCAGGGUCCUUACAAGAAUUUCACUGCAGCUAUUCAGAGAUGCUGGCAGGCCUGAAUAAACAUCUGGCACCCACACAUUGCUCUGAUAGUAAUAGAAAUGCCUAAAUUCCACAUGAGGCAUUUAAUUGCAACACUUUAAAGAGAAGGCCAGAGUCACUACUCCACAUUUGCAGAUGGAGAAGUUGAAAAACAGGAGGUGAAAUGACCUGCAGAAAGUUUGACAAGCUGAGUUUGGAGUAGGACCCAGGCUCUUGACAGGCGUGGGAGUAGCUGAGCUCUGUCUCUCUGGGAAGGAUGACUCAGCCUAGGCCAGCCUGAAACAGCUCUGAGAGAAGUCCCCAAAGUGGACAGUCAACAUCAUGUCAGUGUAAAUAAUGGCAGGAUGAAAUUCAAGCUGCUGCUGCUGCUGCUGUUUGCAGUGGUGCAGGUUCCCUUCUGGAGCACAGCUAGCCAGGGAAGGAAGGAAAGAAGCCAAGGAAAGGGUCUGUUCUUCCAGGCCAGAUGGAAGCAGUUGCUGAGCCAGUGGAGGUGAGCACUCAGGAGGGGUGGGAGCAUCCAGCCAGGGCCCUGCUGUGUGUGCCAGGGAGGAGCUCCCAGGCUCUGUCCAGGCUGGCCUGGGGCUGCACAGCCAGGAGCAUCAGGCAGGACAUGCAGCAGCAAGCUGAGUCUGUUGGAAGGCUGCAGCAGGGUCACAGGGUGUUACAUGAGCCCUGACACAUCUGUUCCCUUUCCCCUCUGCCUCUCCCACACUCUCACUCCUCAGAUGAGUUUUCUCCAUCCCCUUCACUGCUGAACAUCAGCCCUGCUUUCCCACAGACACCUGAGCUCUCUCUGAGGAACCAGCACUUGGGCUCCAGCUGGAACCUUUCCCUGCUCACAGCUCUGUUCACAGACUUGCCUUUCACCCAUUGUACAUCUCACAUUAAUUUAUCCACUCCAGUAGUUUACCAUGUCUGUGCACUCUUUACUUGAAUUUUUGAGUCUUCUCUGGCCUGCCCUGGUUAAACAAAGUAGAAGAAAUCUAGGGAAGGAGAGAACAAAAAUAGGUCAGUUAAAGUGCACUUGAGCAAAGGUUUGAAAAUAGCACUUCAGUACAGCUCAUUUCUGGCCUCCCAGAGCCAUGAGUACAAAGUGCAGUCAAAGGGUAUUUUGUGUGGUUGUGCCUUUUUCCUAAUAGUAAUUUAGAGGUAUUCAGUUUGUCAGAUUCUAUUUAAAAAUUAAAUGUAAAGAAAUGAGUUCUCAGAUUUCUUCUGGGUGUUAGCAGUGUUUGUGUAUGAAACAGAGCAUUCUGCACAGCCUGCUUCUGCAGGAGGCCUUAAAAGCUGGAAAGUCCAUGGGCUGAUGGGGGUGUUAAACAGCAUCAUGCUGCAUUCUUUAGAGGGUGGGCUGGUUCCCUGCAGCAGACAGGUGCUAGGUGGCUCUACAAGAGUGCCAGUGGCUGGGCUGCAGAAGGCAGUGUGCUUUUUCUUGGAAGCAUCAGUGAAUCCCUUGUCCAAGCACUGAGCAGGACAAAUCCCCUGCAAGACAGACUAUUGGUCUAAUCCAGUAGGACAAGUGUUAAAUUCCUAUUCUUACCACUAAAACACUUGCAUUUCUAUGUAUUUGCAUUGCAUAGUGAUUAUAUAUC